AUGCCAAUGGCUGCUUCAAUUUCAACCUCAUCUCUCUCCGUCGUUGGAACUAACCUCUCUCUCCCUCCGCAUCGUCAUCAUCGCCACUCUUCAAUCUCCACUCCUUUCCGUACCAACCGUUUCUUCUUAUCCUCUUCUCUCGCGUACUCUUCUCCAUGUGAUAGAAGAGUUGUUCACGGUGGAUUAGGUUUACGGAGGAAUACGCCGGAUGUUUGGAAACACUAUUCCGCCGUCCUUUCUCAACCGACUGCACCAGUACGGCAAAGCUGUACUUCAUGCUGUCUUGCUUCCGCAAAGAAACGCCGUUCAAAUCUUCCGAGAUUUGUUCCUGGAGCUUUUUUUUGA